GACCAAAUGAGUAUCUUCACAGGCAACACUAUUUUCUUCACGCUGAUCCCUCAAGCUAAACACUAAUACAGGAGCCCGCCCAGUCAUCAUAGCGAUAACCAGACUUGCUCUUUAAUAUUCUCCUGAUGCUCGAUUUCCUGCAGGACGUACAUUGAAUUAGAGUUACUUACGCGUGGAUGCAGGUAGAGUAUAGUCGUGCAUAGUGCGAAAUAGCUUGUUGGUCUUGCAUUGGAUACCUCUCAGUUGACGUGAGAAGAAAAUUAGAAGCAGAUUUCUUGAUAACAUCAAAUCUUCAUGUCGGCUAACAGAGCGGGUGGGAGCCUUCGCCUUGUAUCACGUGUUCUCGGGAAACCACAAGGAAAAAAUUUGGGACGAGAGGCAUUGAGAAGAGGACAAUUGUCUGCAACUCUUUCAUCGCAAAAAGGUACUGAAAUUUACACACAACUCGAUCGAGGGAAUAUUGAAAAGAGCCAACAGUAAAAUUUCGAGAUUCGCAAAUAAUGAUAUCGCUUUUGGUGUGAUGAAUACGACAUACGAAUGGCUAUAGCAUUUUGUCAAUCCACCACUUCUGCCUCCCUAGUAUCUUGUGAUUUCCAAGAAACCCAUGCCCAACGUCAUUUCCAUUUCUCAAUUCCCUAUCUUAAAUGACUAAGAGACCCACCCCCGCCCAUCUUCCCCAAAAGGAAAAAUCAAUGAGUGGUGCCAGUAUUAGUCCUGACUUGAUAUCGUCUCGGAACCGCCAUUACGAGCUCACAAACAACGCUGGUGCUAGUGACGAUGAACCAAUCUAUGGUCGUGGUGGUGCGAGUGUAGAUAUUAUGAACAGGGGGAUCAGCAUUAGGCUCAACAGGGGAAGAUUUGGCCUUCCUUUUUGGUUUUGACUCACUCACUCUAUCUUCAUCUUGGAACAACUGGCUCAUCUUGCGUGGGACGAGCAGGACAGGAGCAAUAGGAUUAGGUAUCGCAACUGCAGUUGUAGACUUCCUCCUUUGAGACUAGGAGAGAAGUACUCUAAAAAGCAGAAGCAGAACUUGUUCAAGAGAAAUCUUACUCUCUCUACUUGUAAUUCACAAGAAGAUGGAUUAGUCUACUUGUUUCACAAGAAGACGCUCUAAAAAGAACGACCUCAACACCACUGGCACAACAUACUCUGGCGCAGACUACGACGAUACAGCUUCUACCAUUGAGGGAGCAGCGAAUCUUUUUGGUCGUCGUACAUCUUCGAGUUCGUGGCUUCCUGGGUGGGUAGUACAACGAGGACCAAGUAGUACUGCUGGUUAUGGCGUCAUCUGAUGAAUGAACAUGGUUGGGUACCUACUAGAGUCUGAAAGAACAGAGGAAAAAGAAGGUGGCUCAGUAACGAGCAGUUCUAGUAGUAGACCUAUUACUAGCAGAGCACCUCUAUCAUCUGCUAAAAAGAAAUUUCCAGUAAUUUUUGCAUACUAAGAAACAAAUUUCCAUAAUUGUCCUUAAUCACAUUCAUCACAUCUAAUCUACGUCUUCAACAGCCAAGAACUUUUUUCGCGGUUUAGAGCAACAGUCACGAGUUCGUCUCUGCGCCUACGCGGUUUUUGGAUUCUGCUUCGCCUGCUUCGGUGAUUCAGAUUCUUCCUCUUCCAGUCAUAGCGACUAACGCUGGCAUCACUCUUGUUCAGAGGUGGGAUCACUCAUCAGAUACCCCAAACCUAGUAGACCAAGUAGUGUUUGACUACAACAUUCUUCUAUAAAACUAUUAUCUCUAGUACCAUGAUCCUUUACAAGUACAUGGUGCAAUCAAUCUUCACUCUCACAUCAGGUUUCUCGUUUAUAUUUCCGGCUUCAUCGACGGCUCUUUUUCAACGCUUUGGCGCACCUUUUUCGACGUCGCAAACUACAGCGAAGACUAACAAAAUGCCAGAAGCGAAGAAGGAUAAUCCAUUGCUGUUUCCAGCGUCACAGCUGUUUCCUCCUUUCUUAUGGUCUUCACCUUCUACUUGAAAGAGUCCUUCUUCCCUCCACCUACUCUCACGAGAGGACGAAGAUUAUUUUCCUCUUCUUCCCUGUGGUCUCUCUAACGGCAGCCACUGUAAAAGCCGAUGAUGUGGUUCCCGGAAUCGCGGAGCAACUUCGCAUCGCUACUGUCGCUCUCGAAGCACUCGAAGCGUCCAUCACAGAAGCCCUCACUGCCAACACCCUGACCUACGAAAAAGUCGCCUUAGAAGUGGAGCGGUUUGAUGACGAACUUAGUCGCGCGUGGGGUACGGUGAAGCACCUGAAGUCGGUUGCGGAUUCGCCAGAGUUGAGGCAAGCGGUUGAUGACAUGCAACCGAAGGUGAUUGAAUUUGGUUUGCGCAUGGGUCAAAGCGAACCAUUGUUCAAAGCAUGGGAUUACUUUUAUGAACGAACAUUUGUUGAGCUUGAGUUCUUAGAAUCUGUAGUUUUUGUUUUUGUUGUUUUUAGCGGUACUAGUUGUACAUAAUUGUCUCUAUUAAAUAAGUAUCUAUAAUCUUAAUCAUCAUUUAUAAUAUGAAGAUUUUUAUCUUCUUUCAAAACAUUUAAGCAUCAAAAGAUAACUACAACUACGCUCCUGCGAUCAUGAUUUUUCUGGAAGAAGUAAGAACUACCUCCUCAUCCUUCUAAUCGGCAGCCCAACCAGGGCAACUGGAAAAACUGACCCCAAGUCAGAAACGCAUUGUCGAAAGCGAACGUCUCGCAGCAAAAUUGAGCGGUGUCGGUCUCACUGGCGAAAAGAAGGAGACGUACAACAAGAAUGCCAAACGCAUGGGCGAUCUGAAAACCAAGUUCACCAACAAUCUGCAAGACGCUACCAAGGCGUUCAGUCUCAAACUCACCACCAAGGCAGAAGUUGCGGGACUACCAGCAUCCGCUCUUUCCCUAGCAGCUCAAACAGCGAAGAGCAAGUUUGGCGAAUCCGAUGCUGCGUGCAAUUAAGGCUGUACAUAAUACAUCUUUGGGCGCAUCCUUGAAACGUAUGGAAGAGUAUCCUAAGGGAAUACUCCCCCAUACUUUUCAAGGAUGCACUUGAAAGAUGAAUUACGGACAGCUCUAAUGCAAGGAGGCAACACCAGAAAAUGGACCUUGGGUGUUUACGUUGGACAUGCCGAGUUAUCUCCCAGUGAUGCAGCACGCACAUGACCGAGCUUUGCGCCAGAAGAUGUACCAGGCACAUCUGAAGCGUGCUAGCGAAUUCACGGAGCUGAAAGACGAGAAGACGAACGAGCUCAAAGACAACACACCGUUGAUUCAGGAGAUUUUGAAUUAUGGAAGAACGUUCUUCUCGCUCUCUGUGAUGAACCUGAAGUACAUAUUGUGGGUAGAUAGUAGAAUGAUACUAUAAAAAAUCUUUACUACACAUCAGAAGUUGUAGACUGCAAACCUGCUCCGUUUCUCUCUCUAAUCCCUACUCCGCCUCGAAAACGCUCAACUCUUGGGCUACACCAACUACGCGGAAACCAGUUUGGCUAAGAAGAUGGCCACUUUGGAUAGUGCGAACAAGUUGAUCGAAGACUUGAGGGCGUCUAGUAUGCAGCCAGCGCUGAAGGAAUUAGAGGAUUUAGAGAAGUUCGCGAAGAAAGAACAUUAUGGACAUGGAGCUGCUCUGUUGUACUACUGGUAAGUAGUUCAAUAGAUCAUUAGAUUUAGAAAUUUGAAGUCUCGACUUCGUUCCCGAAAAAGGUUAAGAUGAUAGAAGAUGUGAAGUUAACGCGAACGACCUUGAACGACUUCUAUUUCACAAAUUUAAUACCUAUACCAGAAUAUCAAUAAAUAUUUUUCCUGAGUCUGCUAAAGUUUACUAAGUUGCCUCAAGUAGAUCAAAGCGAAUAUUUAUCCCAUGAGCAGACAUGACCUCUCUUCACAUCUAAUUCCUAUCCGAGUACCCUGCUUUCCCAGCCUCCGAGAAGUUGAUGCAGUGGGACGUCCCCUUCUACGCUGAGAGGAUGAAGGAAGCUGAGUUUUCCUUCAAAGAGGAGGAUCUCAAGCCUUACUUCUCGUUGCCGAAAGUGUUGGUCUUAUGAAAUCGGUGGUAAAGAUAUACCCUAAGCCCUAAACCCUAGGGCUAAAUCUGCCAUCCCCAAUCUCCCUCUACCUCCUACUCUAAUCUUCCCUGGACUCUUCCAACCAGCUUCAGGUACUCCUUGUCCUUACACUUAGUCUUAGAGUAGAGGUUGUAAACCUCGUCUGGCCCUCUUUAGUCAGCAGCUUCUCAUCAAAUCUGCCAUGAUCCCCAAUCUCGUAACGAUGUAAAUCCUACUCUAAUCUCCGGACUCUUCCAACUCGCCAAGAAGCUCUUUGACAUUGACAUUGUCGAACUCGCGUCCACUGACGCCGCUUUCGGGAGUCUUGGUGUCAGCAUCUGGCAUCCCGACGUGAAGGUUUUCGAGAUCAAGCGUGAGGGGAAGGCCGUGAGCUACUUCUUCCUGGAUCCUUACAGUCGACCGGAGACCAAGAAGGGAGGCGCGUGGAUGGAUGAAGUUGCUGGUACUUCUAUUUCUCUAAAUUAGAAGUGGCGUGAAGGAGGUGCUGGAAUGAGUAGUAGACGUAGAAGAACUAAAAGUGAAAGAAGGUUAUGUAGUUAUAGACGUAGUAGAACUAGAAGUGUAGUCAUAGAGGAACAGGAGAUUGAAGCAAUAAUGGUACUUCUAGAAACUUUGACUUAUAGGCGCAAAAGCAAAUUAAUGCGAAAUACUAAAAUACUAAUACUUGAAUAAACAAUAGGCUUGUUUUCCUCUUUCUACUUUUAGGCUGUCCCUUCUUGCAAAUACUUACACAUGAUCAAGAUGAAUCCAGCUCCUUGAUGACCUUACUUAAACUUAACCUUUUCGUUUUCAACUUAAGUACACAUGAUCAAGAUGAAUCCAGCUUGAUCAUGACCUUACAGUAUGAGAUAACACCUUACAGUAAGUAAUACUUAAACUUAACCUUUUCAUCCCAGGUCGCACCGCCAACCCCUCUUUGGUCCCUUCUGGGAAUAACGUGCGGCUUCCCAUAGCUCACAUGGUUUGCAACCAGAGCCCACCAAUUGGCGAUGAGCCGAGUUUGAUGACCUUCCGAGAGGUCGAAACCCUUUUCCACGAAUUUGGACAUGCUUUGCAGCACAUGCUGACGAAAGUUAUGCUCCUGGAUCUUGUCACAGGAUACUUACUAUGUCAUGGGAGAUUUUUGCAAAGCACAGGAUACUUACUAUGUUGUCAGCGUAGCGGAGACUGCUCGUCCACUUCUGAGUCGUGCCCCCCUCAACACUUUUGUCCACCUCUAACUUGCAAUCCGAAGGCCUCGCAGCUGGUAUUCGCAAAGUCGAAUGGGACGCUGUGGAGCAACCGAGUCAAUUCAUGGAAAACUUCUGCUACGAUCGCAGCACUAUUGAUAAGAUGGCUUUGCACUACAAAUCCGGAGAGAAAAUUCCAGACGACUUAUGGAAAAAAGUCGUUGCAGCAAAGAAUUUCAGAGCGGCGAGCAUGAUGUAAUAUGAUUGCUUCUAUUUUUGAAAUUUACUUCGCUGUUGAUGCGGCCUAUCCUGAUUUAGCCUGAUGCUACUUACGAGGACUACUCGUCUUGAAAUUACUAAUGAUUGUGGCUUUAGUCGCUAACAAAAAACUACUACAACUACAACACUUCGUAUUAGAAGGACAACGACAACAUGGAUGUUCAAGCUAGUCGACCUUCUUUGAUUUUAGACCAAUGAACAAUAAUUGAAAUUUAUUCCACCUCAAAACCUGAAAUAAACCUCAGGCUCCGCCAGCUCCACUUCUCCCACGUUGAUCUGGAGCUCCAUUCGAACUAUGAUCCGAACUCGGGAAAAUCAAUCUGGGAUGUUGAUUUGGAAACCAGUAAAAAGUUCGACGUCCUUCCCCUGCUGCCGUACGACCGAUUCUUGUGCUCUUUUGCGCACAUUUUCGCUGGAGGCUACGCAGCUGGUUACUUCAGCUACAAGUGGGCGGAAGUGCUGUCGGCGGAUUGCUUUUUAUGACCACUGGUUGCUUGUUGUUGUAGAAGUAGAGACAAAGAAAAUUCUUGCAGAAUAGCUUUCUUGUCCUCGAAGUUCAUCUUGUUUUGAAAAAAGAAUUAUACUGAGCUAGAUCUGCAUCUACAGUUCAUCAAGGCUUCUAACAAAAGCCGCUUUCGAAGAGGCAGGCUUGAACGACGAAGAAAAGGUCAAGUCGGUAGGCCGAAAAUUUGCAGAUACCAUCCUAGGUUUAGGAGGCGGCGUCGCUCCUCUAGAGGUUUUCAAGCUGUUCCGUGGCCGCGAACCGACUGUGGAUGCCUUGUUGCGACACAACGGUCUAGGAGGAGAGAAACCGAAACUGUGAAGAAAAGUAGGAUAAAGAAUGGAUGUAGUAGAAGCAAGUAAGUAGAUAGUGUAGAUAGUGAUAGAGGUGGAGGUGCAAUUUUUGGUUUGACUUAUUUUCACAGCCAGUCAUUCAAUUUGAAUUGCAGGAGUUCGAGUUGUCCUCACAAUUAUAAGCUUGAUUUACCGACUUAGACCUCCUUCUCGUGAUUGUGCAGACCCAAGCACUAGUUACCCGCAUUCGAUGUAUUAACACUUACGAUUGAAUCUUCCCCUCAAGAACGGGGGCAACGAUUCAUUUUUAGUCCCCAGAUGAUAAAGAACAACGGUGUCCUCACACGAGUCCCUAAAUUUUUCAAUUUAUCGGCCUUAGCAAGUUGAUGUGUACUACCUUGCCGACAUAUAAUGAGUGGUGCGACACUCAAAAAAGAAGUCCAUUGGAGCUCGAAUUCGUUCCUAUUGUUCCCAUUUUUUUCACAUGCACAUAAUCAUAAUACAUGGGUCCACCAGUAUGUUAUGUAGUAUGCGAUUUUCGAUGAUACUAAGAAGAUGAACAAGAACUUCAAGUACACAGACUUCCACUUCCUUGGAACUGCAGCUAUGAAGAUCUUCAAUCAUGACACCCAUGAAAUUGAAAAGUAGAAUCGUUGAUUUCUCAGCAGAAUCAGGGUUGCAUGACUGCUACAAAAAUAAUGCUUGAAUUUAGAUUCUUCGCAUUGGCUCGGUGUACUACUUCUUCUACUUGCUUCUAUUUAGACGCGUUAUCUGUAGAGCUACAGGCUUCUCGCGGCGUGGAUGUAAAUAAGUAGGCGAGAAUUGACGUUGACCCAGGUAACAAAGGAAAAGGUUGCACCUUUCACUAUCAUGACUUGAUGACUAAGUCCUAGCAUCAAUCAUCAAGUAAUCACCUCCACUCUGGUGUUCAGAAG